AUGACAAAGAUCAUCAUCAGACGUUUACCACCAACUAUCACAAAGGAGGAGCUGGAGGAACAACUGCAACCACUUCCUGAAGUCGAUUAUAUGGAAUUUUUCUCAAAUGACACUAGCCUCUACCCACAUCUCUUUGCAAGAGCGUACAUUAAUUUUAAAAAUCAAGAAGACAUUGUUUUGUUCAGAGAUCGGUUUGAUGGAUACGUCUUUAUUGACAGCAAAGGACAGGAAUAUUCUGCUAUUGUGGAGUUUGCGCCUUUUCAGAAAACUGCCAAAAAACGUACAAAGAAAAAGGAUGCCAAAUGUGGAACAAUAUUAGAAGAUCCUGAUUACAAAAAGUUUCUUGAGAUCUACAAUGGAAAUGAUGAAAAACUGACGUCCACACCUGAAACGUUGUUGGAGGAGAUUGAGGCAAGAUCCAAAGAAUUUGGGAGAAAAUCAACUCCACUCCUUGACUUCUUAAAGAACAAACAGAGAGUGCGGGAGGAAAAGAGAGAGGAAAGAAGAAGAAGAGAGUUGGAGCGGAAACGUCUGCGGGAUGAAGAGAGGCGGAAGUGGCGGGAGGAGGAGAAGAAAAAGCGCAAAGAAUCGGACAAAACAAAACGAAUUGAAAAGACUCCGGAGAAAGACAAGGACCAAGCCAAGGAUGAGCCAAAGAUCAAGUUACUGAAAAAACCUGACCGCUCUGAAGACGGAGAUAUGGAACAUUUUAAAGAAAAGAUGAAGAAACCAAAUAAAGAAGACCGACCAGUGGGACACGGGGAUCACAAGAGACGUCAGACCCAUGAGCAUAAGGACGAUCGUAGCAGAAAAGAUGAAGGGAGAAAGGAAUACAAAGAUUACUCUGACCAUGACAGAGACAGAGAGAAAGAGCGUCGACUGAAAGAGAAGGAGCGACUGCGGCGUCUGGAAGACGAGCGCCGGAGGCGGCGAGAGCGCCAAGAGGAACACACAUACAAAAAGAGAGAAGAUGAGUUCAAACGGGAAAAAGAGCAUGGAAUAGAAAAGAAAAAAAUAAACAUAAUAGAAGCUCCACAGAAUGAAAAAUCCACUAAAGAAAACAACAAGAAGGAGGAUAGUGUCAAAAGAGAACGUCUACGGAAUAAGGAUCGUCCAGCCAUUCAGUUGUACCAGCCUGGAGCUCGCAGCCGCAACCGUUCAACUGUGACUGGAGCUGACCAGAAGUCUGAUCCUGAGGCCACACAUGUGUCAGAGAAAGGAAAUGACUGA